AUGGAGUCGCUGGCGUGCUCGUCUGCGGCUGUCCAAGAUACUUGGGGGCCUGUGGUGGAUGCCCACUGCGCGGGUGGCUUUGACUUUACGCUGCUGUUUGAAGAGGCCAUCUUGACGCUGCUGCCCGUUGGUGUUGCUGUACUAUGGUCGUUUCUACGUCUGUUCCAGCUAUCGACGGGCACUGUCAAAGCUCGCCCGUCAUGGCUGUUUAUUAGCAAAGCGAUUCUCUACUUUGCCUACAUUGGCAUCCAAGCCGCUAUCCUCGGUCUUUGGGCUUCCAAGAAUAUUACAAAGACUCGCCUCACGACUGCUACCAACGCCGUCUCCCUCGUCGCCUUUGUCGUCUUCCUCGCCGUCUCGUUUCUCGAACACGUCAAGCGCGUGCGCACAUCUACGCUUCUCGAGGUCUUCCUUGGGCUGUCCAUUCUUCUCGACCUCCCGCGCACACGCACCGUCUUCUUUUUUGAGGAUGCCCAUGUUGUUGCCAGCCUCCUCGUCGCCAGCCUAUUCGUCAAGGUGCUUCUAUUCGUUUCCGAAGUGUACGAGAAGCGCGCGUUCCUCGUCAAGCAAAGUCAAGAUGCCUCCGUCGAAGAAACCGCUGGCUUCUGGAACCGGUCCAUGUUUGUCUGGCUCAACCGCCUCUUCUUCAAGGGCUUCAAGACAGUCUUGACUGUCGACACCAUGACCGAGAUCGAUGGCGAGCUGCUUGCCGCUGCGAAACCCGAGGGUAUUGUUCGCCGUUGGGAAGAGUCCGCUAAAUCCAACGACUACUCGCUCUUUUGGGUCUUCCUCUGCCACUACAAAUGGAACCUCAUCGUCGCCGUCAUCCCGCGUCUUCUCUACUCCGGCUUCCUCUUCUCGCAGCCCUUCUUGGUUGAGACAACUCUCGACUUUAUCGCGGAUCCGCUUCACCUCGACCAGCAAAACUACGCAUACGGCCUGAUUGCCUCGUACGCCAUCGUCUACAUUGGCAUUGGUAUCACAUAUGCCAUCUACCAGCACAAGACGUACCGUCUCUUGACACUCUUCCGUGGCAGUCUCAUCACACUCAUCUACGACAAGACCAUCGUCAUCAACUCGGCCUCCAUCACCGACGCCGAGGCCUUGACCCUCAUGAGUGCCGAUAUCGACCGCAUCGGUGCCAGUCUGCCGCUCAUCCACGAGGUCUACGCCAGUCUGAUCGACAUUGCCCUCUCUCUCGGUCUCUUGUACCGUCUUCUCGGCAUCGCCAUGGUCGCCCCUAUUGUCUGGAUUGUCGUCUGCCUCAUCAUUGGCAUUCCUCUUGCUACUGCGGCAGGUGACGCCCAGACCCCGUGGCUCGAGGCCAUUGAAGACCGUCUUGCCGUCACUGCUAAGGCCCUCGGCAGCAUGAAAGCCAUCAAGAUGACGGGUCUGGCUGAGACUGUUUCUGCCAAGAUUGCCGAUCUUCGUCAAGGCGAGAUCCGCGCCUCGCUGCGCUACCGCAUUCUCGAAAUCUUUGUCACCAUCUCCUACUACGCCUCUUCUGCCCUGGCUCCCGUUUGGGCGUUUGGCGUGUACAUUCUGCUGGCCCGCCGCGACGGCACCUACACGCUCACUGAGGGUGUUGCUUUCGCUUCGCUCUCCCUCUUUGAGCUCCUCAACCAGCCGCUCAUUUACAUUGUCGAUGGUGUUGAGCACAUGCAGACCGUGGUCAACUCGUUCCGCCGUAUCCAGGAGUACCUCAUGGAAGAAGAGCGCGAAGACCCUCGUCUGAUCCAAGGCGCUGAAGAGGAGAGCCCCUCGUCGUCCAGUACCAGCCUCGGCGAAAAGGAGAAGACUGCUGCCCCUACUGUCGAUCUCAAGGCUGAAGGAAACGUGGCUCGUCUGACUGAUCUCUCAGCCAAAUACAACGAGGACGACGAGGACAAUAUCCUCAAAGACCUCAAUGUCACUGUCCCCGCUGGCAAAAUCACUAUGGUCUACGGUCCCGUUGGCUCUGGCAAGUCUACGCUGCUUAAGGUUCUUCUUGGCGAGAUCCAGAACUUGACUGGAGCCGUCGCAACAACCUUCCAAAGCGCCGCGUACUGUCCUCAGGCGCCUUGGAUCUGCUGGGGCUCUGUCCAGAGCAACAUCCUGGGCAUCUCCCCCAUGGACAAGGAAUGGUACAAUACCGUCGUUCAAGCCUGUGGCCUGUCUACCGACUUCCAGCAGCUGCCUGACGGCGACCAGAGCAACACUGGCACCCGUGGCUCUCGCCUCAGCGGUGGUCAGCAGAUGAGACUGGCCUUUGCCCGCUCCCUCUACUGCCGUGAACCGGUGCUCAUUCUGGACGAUGUCUUGACUGGACUCGACCGCACCACGGAGCAAGGCAUCCUCGACCAAGUCUUCACCAAGGGCGGCCUCGUCGACCGAAUGAAGACGACUGUCAUCAUGGCCACCAACUCGUCCAAGCAUCUCCAGUACGCCAACCACAUUAUCUUGCUCGAUGCCGACGGCCGCGUCGCGCAGCAAGGCGCCCUCUCGGAGAUCAAUCUCAAGGAUGCUGGUCUUUAUGGCCUCACUGAAGCCCCCGUGACAACCCGUGCUACGCUCGAACUCAGCGAGGAUUCCCUCGCCGAGAUUGGCUGGAGCCCUGAUGACGAGCCCGAGACGCUGGACCGCCACGCUGGCGAUCUCAAGGUCUACGGCUACUACGCCAAGAUUGCAGGCUACGGAAAGAUUGCCUUGUACCUAUUUGCCUGUGCCACGUUUGUCUUUGGUGUCGUUUUCCCCUCUGUCUGGCUACAGAAAUGGACCGACUUUAAUGCCGACCACCCUAACCAGGACAUUGGCUACUGGCUUGGUGUAUAUGGUGCUCUGGCAGCGACAACCCUCCUUGGAUGCAGUCUGGCAGAUACCGUCUUCCGCAUGAUUGUCGUUCCCAAGACAGGUACAGCGUUUCACGGCCUGCUCCUCGAUACUACCAUGGAGGCUACCACUGCUUUCCUGACAUCCACAGAUGCUGGUAAUACGCUCAACCGCUUCAGCCAGGACUUGCAGCUGAUUGACAACGACUUGCCCAAGUCUAUUGAUCAGACAUUCUUCCAGUUCUUCUCCGCCAUUGCGUCUGCUAUCCUUGUAUUUGUCGGAUCUGGCUGGGUCGCCUUGUCCAUUCCCGCGUGUAUUGUUCUUCUCGGCCUUAUUCAGGCAUACUACCUGCGUACCUCGCGCCAGCUGCGACUCUUGGAUAUUGAGGCCAAAGCACCUGUCUUCUCGCAGUUCCUAGAGACACUUGGCGGCGUGUCGUGCAUCCGCGCGUUCGGAUGGACAGACGCAUACAAGGCUAAGAAUGUCGAGGUCCUCAAUGUCUCCCAGAAGCCGUACUACUUGCUCUGGUGCAUCCAGCGAUGGCUGACCUUGGUUCUCGACUUGUUUGUUGCUGGCCUGGCGAUUCUCUUAGUCGCACUCGCUACCACAGUCCGCAACGGCUCCACGGGAUAUCUCGGUGUUGCUCUGUUCCAGGUCGUCACGUUCAGCACAACCCUGCAAACGCUCGUAACUGAGUGGACGUUGACGGAGACGGCCAUCGGAGCAGUCAGCCGUAUCCGCACGUUUGUUGCUGGCACCAAGCGCGAAGACACAUCCAACGAGUCUGGCGAUGUCGGCGAGGCGUGGCCCGAACAAGGCGUGAUUGAGUGGAAGGAUGUCGUCGCAUCCUAUGAAUCGUCCACAGAACCUGUCCUCAAGAACAUUUCCCUCUCCGUCAAGCAUGGUGAAAAGGUAGCAAUCUGCGGCCGAACCGGAAGUGGAAAAUCAACGCUCGUGUCCGCUCUUCUCCGUAUGUUGGAUAUCCAAUCGGGCACCAUUUCCGUCAACGGCACCGACGUGACCAGUAUCCCCAACCAAUGCGUUCGUGAUCGUCUCAACACGCUCCCCCAAGAGCCCUUCUUCCUCCACGGCUCAGUGCGUGACAACAUUGAUCCCGCUGAGGCUGCUACCGACGAGCAGAUCGAGGAGGCGCUCAAGGCAGUCGGUCUCUGGGAGACGAUUCAGCAGCGCGGUGGAUUGGACGAAGACAUGGCGGACGAGACGCUCUCGCAUGGCCAGCGUCAGCUGUUUUGUCUGUCGCGUGCCAUUCUCAAGCACUCGAGCAUUCUCAUCAUGGAUGAAGCUGGUAGCAGCGUUGACGCGGCCACUGAUGAGCUGAUGCAGACUGUUUUACGUGAAAAGUUCUCCAAGCACACUAUUGUGUCGAUUGCACACAAAUUAGACACAAUCAUGGACUUUGACCGCGUUGUCGUGCUUGAUCAUGGGCAGGUGGUGGAGAUGGGUAACCCCAAGGAACUGUUAACCAAGGAGGGUUCCUCAUUUGGAUCACUCUACCGCAGCCAGAAAGAGAAAAAGUAAUUAUUUACAUAGAUUGAAUUU